CCACCUUUAUUUUCUGAAAGCUUUCCGACGGUUAAUUAACAUUACCUACACACAUUAUUGCGUGAUGAUAGUAAAGCAAAAUCAGCGAAUUAAUGUUAAGAAAUAGGUUACAGGCUGUGACGACGUAUUUUGUUGUGGGCGUAACGCAUAGUAUUGGGCGUGCCUUGUAGUCCUACAGGACGGAUGUGGCUAGAAGGGAUACAGCCUUGGCCAAAAUCUCGUGAAAUCUCGUCAAAUGAGCGCUGUAUCUUUUCCAAAACCUAACCCCAUACUCAACAUCUCGCGAGAGACUGGGCCGUAGCUGUAUCCCCUCUAGCCAGAACCCUACAGGACGCAGACGGAUACACUUGGCCAGACUAGGAAACUGAUGAUUUGAGGGAAAACGAAACUUAGUUGUUGGUUUGUUUCAUGUGUCUCUUUGUCUUUGUGUAUAUGCAGUAAAAUGGCAGAAGCCAGUAUUUUAUGGGCUCGGGAUCAGUUCAGCUGUUCAAUCUGUUUGGAUCUACUAAAGGAUCCAGUGACUGUACCAUGUGGACAUAGUUACUGUAUGAGCUGUAUAACAGAUUACUGGGAUCAGGAUGAGGAUGACGAUGAUGAUGAGGACGAGGGAGUCUACAGCUGCCCUCAGUGCAGACGGACAUUCACACCAAGACCUGUUUUAGGUAAAAAUGUGGUGUUUGCUGAAAUGAUAGAGAAACUGAUUAAACUUCAGACUCCUCACCCCGCUCCAUGUUAUGCUGGUCCUGGAGAUGUGGAGUGUGACAUUUGUAAUACUGAAAGAAAACACAAAGCUGUGAAGUCAUGUCUGGAGUGCCUUGAAUCUUACUGUCAAUCUCACUUUGAACGCCAUGAAGAAUUUCGCUCAGGGAAACGACACAAAGUGACUGAAGCCACUGGAAGUUUGCAGGAGAUGAUCUGUCCUCAGCAUCAUAAGCUUCUGGAGAUUUUCUGUCGUACUGACAAGCAGUGUAUUUGUAUGAUGUGUACAGUGUAUGAACAUAAAGAUCAUGAUACUGUAUCAGCUGAAGCAAGAAGGAAAGAGAUAGAGAAAAACUUGAUGAAGACGCAGAAAAAACUCAAGCAGAGCAUCGAGCAGAAGCAGAAAGAUCUUCAGGAAGUAAAAGAGGCUGUGAGGUCUUAUAAGCGCUCUGCACAGACAGCGGUGGAGGACUGUGAGAUCAUGUUUACUGAGCUGAUCUCAUCCAUUGAGAAAAGUCGCUCUGAGGUGACACAGCUGAUCAGAGAUCAGGAAAAGACUUCAGUGAUUCCAGCGGAGGAACGACUGGAGCGACUGAAGCAGGAUAUUGAUGAUCUGAGGAGGAGAGAUGCCGAGCUGGAGCAACUUUCGCACACACAUGAUCACAUCAAUUUCCUCAGGGUUUUCCAAGCUCUCUCUGCACCACCUGAAUCUACAGUCAGCUUUACUGUCAGUCCUGUCUGCUCUUUUAAUGACAUUAUUAAAUCUGUCUCUAAGCUGAAAGAGAGACUGGAGACUCUUUGCAACCAGGAGGUUGAAAGGAUUUCUGCUAGAGGCAGAGACGCUUACAAUUCACAUCACAGUCUGCUCACAGACUCACGCAUAGCAACACAUGCUAGAGAGACUGAAGAGGUCAUUCCAGUCUUGGAGACUGAAGAGGUUGUUCCAGUUUUUGAAACUGAGGAGGUCACUCAAGCCUGCGAGAAUCAAGAGGUUGUUUCAUUCUGGGAGACUGAGGAGGUCAUUCAAGCCUGGGAGACUCAGGAGGUUGAUCCAGGCUUGGAGACUGAGGAGGUCCUUCAAGCCUGGGAGACUGAGGAGACGGUUCAAGUCUUGGAGACUGAGGAGGUUGUUUCAUUCUGGGAGACUCAGGAGGUUGAUCCAGGCUUGGAGACUGAGGAGGUCCUUCAAGCCUGGGAGACUGAGGAGACGGUUCAAGUCUUGGAGACUGAGGAGGUUGUUUCAUUCUGGGAGACUGAGGAGGGCAUUCAAGCCUGGGAGACUGAGGAGGCUGUUCCAGUCUUGGCGAGUGAGGAGGUCAUUCAAGCCUGGGAGACUGAGGAGGUUGUUCCAGGCUUGGAGACUGAGGAGGUCAUUCAAGCCUGGGGGUCUGAGGAGGCCAUUCCAUUCUUGGAGACUGAGGGAAUUGUUUCAUUUUGGGAGACUGAGGAGGCUGUUCCAGUUUUGGAAACCGAGGAGGUCAUUCAAGCCUGGGAGACUGAGGAGGCCGUUCCAGACUUUGAGACUGAGGAGGUUGUUUCAUUCCGGGGGACUGAGGAGGUUGUUUCAUUCUGGGAGACUGAGGAGGCUGCUCCAGUUUUGGAAACUGAGGAGGUCAUUCAAGCCUGGGAGACUGAGGAGGCCGUUCCAGACUUUGAGACUGAGGAGGUUGUUUCAUUUUGGGGGACUGAGGAGGUUGUUUCAUUCUGGGAGACUGGUGAGGUUGAUCCAGUCUUGGAGACUGAAGAUGUUAUUCAAGCCUGUGAGACUGAGGAGGCCAAUGCAAUCUUGGAGACUGAGGAGGAAUGUUUAUUCUGGGAGAUUGAGGAUGAAGAAGUUGGUUCAUUCUGGGAGAAUGAGGAUGAAGAGGUUGGUUCAUUCUGGUAGACUAAGGAUAAAGAGGUUGUUUCAUUCUGGGUGACUGAGGAGGUUGUUCCCCCUGCCUGGUUUCGUUACCCUGUUUAGUUCCACUUCUGUUUAAUGCCCUUGUGUUUGUUAUCUUGUGUUGGUUCAUUGUUGCUGUCUGACGCUGUCUUGUGUUUUCCCUGCCCAGUUGAGUCUAGUUUUUCUUGUUUUUUCUGCUUUGUUUCUAAAUAAAAAACACAACAAUCCUCAAUACAAUAAUUGCAUUCAAUACAUUAAUAAUACAUCAUUCUUCAUUCCAAUAAAAAAAUUCUUAACCCCCUGUGUAUGACCCAUUUGUUCUAGAAUAGGAGUGUAUGUGAUCCUAGUGCAGGAACUCAGAACCCUUAGCAACUCCGAAGCCUUGACUCUCAUCCACAAGGUCCAAGCCACAUUUAUAUCCAGCCUCUUUGUGGAAG